AUGAUUUUUGAGAAUUUCGAUUACGAGAACCAAGCUUUAUGCCAAAUUUUGGACAGUGCAAUCAUGAAAGAAGAAAACUCUUAUAGGGGCACAGUAGUAGUAUCUUAUUUAAGACUCGGGGUAGAUUUUCUACCAAUGGAGUUAUCAGAUUUAUCAAUUUUUGAAACUGAAUUUUUUCAAGACUUAAAAAGUCCGAUUAACUGCAAAAAUAAUUUGCAAAACAUAGAGCCUGGCGAUGGAGAAUGCAAAAUCAUAGAGAGAAGCCUUAAAAAGCGAGAAAACCAAUGAAGAAUGCCAAAAAUACCACUUGAGCUACGACAACAGAAAAUAGCUAAAUACAAAGCGAAAAAGCAGCUGAGGAAUUGGGGUAAAAAGAUAAACUACGCCUGCAGAAAAUAUGUAGCAGAAAACAGGCCAAGAGUUAAAGGAAGGUUUAUAUGUAAAAUUGAAAGAAAAGCCAUUUCUAUUAAUUAA